AUGUGCUCACUCCAGCGGCAAGUCAACCUCAAUCAUUUUCGGCUCUUGAGGGUGGUGGGCAAAGGAGCCUUUGGGAAAGUGCGGAUUGUCGAGCGGAAAGACUCAGGCCUGACCUUCGCGCUCAAAUAUAUCCGCAAGGAUGAAGCAGUGGUCCGGUCCGAAAGCGUGCGCAAUAUCAUUCGAGAGCGGCGAAUGCUUGAACACCUCAACCACCCAUUCUUGUGCAAUCUCCGCUACAGUUUUCAGGAUGUCGAGUAUCUCUACCUCGUCGUCGACCUGAUGAACGGGGGUGAUCUCCGCUUCCACAUCCAACGAAAGGCUUUCACCGAGGAUGCCAUCCGCUUCUGGAUGGGAGAGCUGGCCUGCGCGCUGCGGUACAUCCACAGCCAGGGCAUCGUGCACCGGGAUCUAAAACCGGACAAUGUUCUGCUCGACUCGGAGGGCCAUGUGCACCUAGCAGACUUCAACGUGGCCUCCGACUUCAAGCCCGGCAGACCGCUGACGAGCAAGUCCGGGACCUUGGCCUACCUGGCGCCCGAGGUGUUUAGGGGACACGGAUAUUACAGUGAGGUGGACUGGUGGUCCCUGGGCGUGACCAUGUAUGAAUGCGUCUAUGGGAAACGACCGUUCGAAGGCAGGACCCACGAGGAAUUGGUCGACCAGAUCUGUGCCGCCAACCCUCGAUAUUUCGUCACCAAACCCCCAGUGUCAAUGCCAUGCCUACAUGCUAUGACAUCGCUGAUUGAGAGGGACCGGCGCAAACGGAUCGGUGCGACAGGCUUCGACACAUUCACCUCACAUCCGUUCUUCAGCUCGAUUAGCUUCGAAGCGCUGGAACGUAAGCAGAUAGCUCCCAUCUUCAUCCCGUCCAGCGAGAAGACGAACUUUGACGCCACUUACGAUCUCGAGGAGUUAUUGCUAGAAGAGGCACCCUUGGAAGCCAGGGCGAGGAAACAAAAACCGCGAGCAGAGCUGCGUGACGACGCCACGAGCAAGGAGAUCCGAGAAGAUGAGCUGCACCGCAUGAUAGAGACUAUGUUUGAGCCCUUUGACUAUACCCUGGCGAACUAUGAAGUGUAUGCACUGGCUUCUUGCGCAGUCGCCGGACCCAGGCUAACAGUGUCUAGGAAUGCUGCGGCGGCGGUGGCUGGCACUGUGCCGGAAGAACAUGUGGAGCUGGAAAUGGACACGACUCACCACGACGCAAAUUCUAUUCCCACAUCGCCUGAUGGGUCGCCACCGCUUUCUCCCAGCAUUGUUGCAGCGCCCACAAGAGCGGAGGAGAACUUACCGCCCUUGGAUGAACUCAGAGCGAAAAUUCCACCGGCGCCCGCUCAACACGCACGGCCGCCAUCCUCGUCGAAGUCGUUCAGCAGACCGAUUCCUCCGCAGCGGCCGAUGCCUGCAACGCGGCAGACGAGUAAAGGUGGUGGAGUACAGAUGGUGCUGGAUGAAUCAGGGAGCUGGACCAAUCUAGCGGACCAGACUGCCCCGAAUCCGCAAGAUAGCUCAGCAGACGGAGGGAAGCAUGAAAAGUCGGGAGGCAGCAUGUUAGGAUUCCUGAGCCGGAAGAAGGGUCGGGAUCGAAGCCCCAAACCGAAAGAGGCGGGAGUGCUGGGCAAGAUCGGGGCGAGACACAUUAUUAAUUGA